CAACUUGCUGAUUCACAUGUUCAGGACAAAAGUAGUACCGACAUCGCGUCAACAAGAUGGCGAAACGCUGCUUGAUAAAGAGCGCAUCUCCAGCUUACCAGCUCGACGUAGACGUGUCCAGUACAACUCGUUGGCUCUGAUGCUAGCUAUAAUGCUCAUGACAGGUAUCAGCGGUUUAUGUUGGCUUCGAAUUGACGGUCCCAGGUCAAGCAUUGCCAUCCUUGACCGGGACGCAACGACAACUCUAAAUCUUAGUCAAGACAACAAGCCUACUGGUCUUCGGACCGGAAAUCAAGACAUUACACCUACUAGUCUUCCAAUUGAACAUCAAGAGAAGCCACCUACCAGUCUUCAAAUCGGAGAUCAAGACAAUACUCCUACUGGACUUCGAAGUGAAGAUCGGCUGAAGGCGCCAACCAGUCUUGAAGCCCCUACCAAUCUUCAAAUUCAAGACCAAGACAUGGCAUCUCAAAUGACACAGCAAGUGGACCUGAAGCCAUUCGCCUACUUUUUCUAUGUAACCAGCAACACGUACGCAUGUGCAGCGAUGCAAUUCAUCCACCACCUCGUUGACGAUCUCAAAAUGAACUCGAGUCGCAUCGAUGUUGUUGUGUUGCAUACCUCCCAUGUCGAUGCUCGGUUUCUGCAUAAACUACAAGAGCGACAACACGUUCGCACUAUGAUCGUUGACUCUGUGCAGGCCGACGCUGCAGAACCGACCUGGAAAGAGUCGCUGACAAAGCUCCGUGCAUUCCAAGACUGGGGGUAUAAUCGCGUCGUGUUCAUUGACGCAGACGCGGUGCCCCUGGCUAACCUCGACCACCUCUUCGACUUGCCACCGGCCACUCUUUACGCUCCGACGGCGUAUUGGAUCGAGCAGCCAUUUUUCGCGAGUACGCUGCUAGUAAUUGAGCCAAGCGAUGCAAUCUUCAACGAUAUCAUUCAGUGGGCACGCGCGCGUGGAGCUGCUGCCGGCUUUGACAUGGAUAUUCUCAAUACGUACUUUGCCGAUUCAGUACGAUACCUGCCAGGUGUGUAUACCGUGCUCAAUUCGGACUUUCGUCGGGCGCCAACGGAGAGAUCGACUCUAUUCGAAACAACAGCGGAGCUGAAGGAGAAAACUCAAUUAGUGCAUUUCUCGUGCAAGCCUGACGCUUCGUACGGUAAGCCGUGGAAUUGGCCGUCGCACGAUUUGAGUUCACUUGACGGUCAACGAUUCGAUCCAUUAUUUCGGCAAUUGUUUGUGGAAUACUGGCGAGGAGAACAGGAGCUAUGCGCUAACUAAAAGCUGAUACUAUUUAAUUAAUAGAAUCAUAG